AUGCUUAUUCUCGUCACGUUCGCGUCACUUUGUUUGAGUGCUUUCCUCGACGCCCUGACUUCCCCCGUCGCCCUUGCUUCCCACCGCCCCCCUUGCUUACCACCGUCGACUUUGCUUUCCCCCGUCGCCCACGGUUUCGUCGGUCGCCUCGCUUUCCCUCGUCGCUAUCACUUUUCCCCGUCCCCCUCGCUUUCCCGCGUCGCCUCGCUUUCGCCCGUCGCCAACUCUUUCCCUCGUCGCCCUCGCAUUCCCCCGUCACCCUCGCUUUCCCCCGUCGUCCGUGCUUUCCCCGUCGCUCUCGCCUUCAGCCGUCUCUCGCGCUUUCAUCGUCGCUCUGGCUUCCACCGUCGCCAUUGCUUCACGCAGUUGCCCUCGCUUUCCCCCGUCAACCACUCCUCCCCCCGUCGUCCUCGCUUUCCCCCGUCACCCACUCCUUCUCCCAUCCCCGUCGCCUUUGCCUGCCCCGACGCCUUUGCUUUGUUUCCCUUCGUCGCCCUCGUUUCCCUCCGCUCCCUUCCUUUCCCUCCUCCGCAAUCGCUUCCCCCCGCCGCCCUCGUCUCCGCCCGCCGCCCUCGUUUCCCCCCUGCCUUCCCUAUGCCGCGUUCGCUUCCUCCAUCUCUCACGUUCCCGUCCGCCGCCCUCGUUCGCCUCACUCCGUCUCCCUCGUUCCCGUCCGCCGCCCUCGUUCGCCUCACUCCGUCUCCCUCCUCACUCCGUCUCCCUCGUUUCCCACCGUCGCAUUUGCUUCCCCCGUCACCAUCUUUUCUCGCCGUCGCAUUUGCUUCCCCCGUCACCAUCAUUUCAGGCCGUCCCUUUUGCUUCACCCGUCACCAUAUUCCCCCCCCCUCGGCGAACCGUCGCCCUCGCUUGCCCCCGUCACUUUCGCUUGCAACCCUCGCCCUCGCUUCCUCCCGUCGCCUUCGCUUCCCCCCGUCGAUUCCGUCGAUUAUGCUUACGCUUCCCACCGUCGCUUAUGCUUCCCUCCGUCGCACACGGUAUUCUCCCGUGCACACACUUCCAUCCGUCGCCUGUUUUUCCCUCUGUCGCCUAUGCAUCUCUCCAUCGCACACGCUUUUCUCAGUCGCACACCCUUCAUUCAGUCGCAUAUUCUGCCGUCGCCUUUGCAUCUCCAGUCGCCUGGCCGUUCCCCGUCGCCUUUGCAGCACCUGCUGA